ACAUGGUAUCAGAGCAGGUUUAGAACCUAGUAUUUUCGCUUCACCGGCGGGCGGCAACCUCACCUUAGCCGUCCGCCGGACCUCAACCUAGUCCGCUAGAAUUUUCUACACAUACCUUCACUCUUCUUCACCACCUCGCCGAAGCAAACCCAAAAUCCCUCUAGGACAUUUCGUCGAACACCAUGUCUGCAACAAUGAUGGGCUACACCAUUUCCUGAUGUUGUUUAUAAUGUUGGCAUUUUCUGUGCUAUUUGACUCUGUAAAAGCUCCUGGUCUUGGGCUGGGUGCAAGAUACAUAUUCACCAUGGCGAUUGGGCGCCUUCUUCGGGCCAUAACUUUUGUGUCUACGAUUCUACCAUCAGCUCGGCCUUGGUGUGCAUCAGCUCGGUUCAGAGUCCCUGCAUACCCUCAUCGUUGGGCUCAAAAAUAUUAUGUACCUUUUGUUUCUGAUGCCAACGCUAUACGCCAGCUUAUCCAUCUUGAUAGAGCUUUUGAUGAAGUUGCAAAUUUCAUUGAAGAUUCCCGUCCAGAUUGGGGAUCAAUGAACUUCUUAAUUGAUUUCUUGCGACCCAAUGCUUUCGAAGGAUCUUCGUGGUAUCAUCUUCUGAAAAAGGCUGGAGGCGGCUGCAACGACCUCCUAUACAGUGGCCAUAUGCUCGUAGCAGUACUCACAGCUAUGGCAUGGACGACAGCUUAUGGAGGUUUUAGCUCAGUUCUGAUAUGGCUACUAGUAAUGCACAGUGCCCAGAGAGAAGUACGGGAACACCACCAUUACAGUGUGGACUGUGUCGUGGCCAUCACUGGUCAAGUCCCCAGGCGCAUCCCUUUCUCUCCACCAGACACCAACUUUUGUCCCCCUCUUUUCGUUUCUUUUUAUUUUAAUAUUAUCCACCCUCUCUUCUUUUAUUUCAACAUAAAACCCUCUCUCCACUCAUUCAUUUUAUUAUUAUUAUUAUGCACAAACUCAGACUCCAACAUCCCUGUGCUCCUUCAUGGGUCCGACAAGACUCUGUAAACUGUCCCGACAUUGAUUCCGGUUAGCUCCUUCAUGGGUCCGACAAGACUCAGUAAACUGUCCCGACAUUGAUUCCGGUUAGCUCCUUCAUGGGUCCGACAAGACCCUUUUUAUCCACCCUUUCACCCACUCACUUCUUUUUCUUAUGAGGCAAAACAUUUUUAAUAUUUUUCCUCCACCCACUCUCUCUCUCUCAUCCUUUUUUUGAAAACACACUUUAUUCCUCUCAAUGUGCUGUUGCCAGCACCCAUUAUAGAAUAUAUAUCUAUUCUAAAAAUAAAAAUAACAAAAACAAAAAGAACAAAAAAAAAAAAAAAA